AUGAAAUUCGCAAAGUAUUUGGAGAGCCAAAGUGUGCCUGAAUGGAGAAAAGCAUAUAUUAGCUAUAAAGGGCUUAAAAAGAAGCUGAAGCAAGUCGAAAGAUUCCGCAAGCACAAGGAAAGAAAAGCUGCUAUUCAACUAGACAAUGUAUUUCAAGAGCUGGAAGAUAGCAAUGACAACUACUACUGGCCUCGCCACAAUCCCUCUAUAAGCAUGCGACCGCGGUCUAUCAUGAGUCGAUUAUCCUCGAGAUUUAGCAGUAGACGUGAUGAUGAUGAUCGGCCAACUUCUCGGCAAGCCUCAUUUCCAAGCUCAACUACAACUCUGUCCGUAUUAGAUCAAGUGCUAUUUCAUGCCAGUGCAUCAGAGAGACACUUUUUUGAUGCGCUUGACUUUGAACUCGACAAAAUCUCCAGAUUCUAUGAUGAAAAGGAAAAAGAAUCUAGGUUAAAAUUGGAUGCAUUGAAGGUUCAGAUGCAGUUUAUAGCCGAAUAUGGGCGUCAUCUAGUGGAUAUAGGGGCAAGCCAACAAGGUGUCACCUCGCCUCCCCCUGAAAUGAUCGGCCAUCACCGGCUCUACAACUGGUUUAGAUAUCAAGAUCCUCACACUCAAUCUUAUACCUUGUCAGAGCUAUCACCAAACUUUGACUAUGUGGGAGAUCAGAGAAUCAGUUACAAUGUCGCCAGAAAUCGAUUAAAGAAGGCAUUUACCGAAUACUAUCGAAGUUUGGAGUUUCUUAAAUCUUACAAAACGCUCAAUGAGACCGGCUUUCAAAAGAUACUGAAGAAGUUUGACAAAAUUGCAGGUUGGAAAGCAAGCGAACUGUACACACAAACCAUCAAGAAGCAUCACUGGGCAAGUACAUCUGAUCUUGAUUUCAUCAUCAAGGAGACUGAGAACUUGUAUAUAAACGAAUUCGCUGAUGGUCAUCGCAGACGAGGCAUGCGCAAACUAAGAGCACCUGAGAAAAAUGAAGAGCAUAAUUCAACGAUACUUCGCAUUGGCAUUUUUCUGGGUAUGGCCAUUCCCAUGCUGACACAGGCAUUCCAUCUGGCGAUCGACCCAAAGACAGCAAAACAACUACCCAACCUACAGACCAACAUUCAAAUUUAUGCUUGCUUCUUGCUCCCCAUCUUUUUUUGUCUUGGAUUCUCGGUCAAUCUGAUUGUAUGGCACAGAUCAAGAAUCAACUACAAAUUUAUCUUUGAGCUAGACCCAAGACACAAUCUAGAUUAUCAUCAAUUUGCAGAAUUACCCGUGAUUAUGCUUCUCGUCAGCUCGUUUGUCAUGUAUGCUGAUUUCUCGCAGUGGUUCUCUCCUGUUAUACCGUCUGAACUCUGCCCUUUGAUACUGUUUGUCAUGCUGGUAGCCAUCAUGCUGUGUCCAUUUGACAUACUCUACUGCUCUGCUCGCAAAUGGCUUGGUGUAGCAAUAGGGCGUAUCUUGCUAUCUUAUUGCUUUCCUGUGGAAUUCAGAGAUUUCUUCAUUGCAGAUGAACUCAACAGUUUGAGCUACUCUAUCUGGACAUCAUCGUACUUUUUCUGUGCGUACUCUUGGCAUUGGACUGAUCUAGGUGGAAACUGUAACAUGUCCCAAGUGUGGGUGGCUCCGUUUUUAGCUUCUCUGCCUCCUUGGUGGCGUCUACUGCAAUGCUUUAGAAGAUACAGGGAUUCAAACGAAAGGGUACACUUGCUGAAUGGAGCCAAAUAUUCAAGCAGUAUCAUGGCUGCCAUUGUCACAGGUCUUCGACGCAUGUACCCAUCUACGUCAAUGACGAUAUUUUGGAUCAUGACAUGUUUGUUUAAUUCCGUGUACACAUCAACAUGGGACAUCAAGAUGGAUUGGGGCUUGUUGCGUCCCAAUAGCAAGAACUUUCUAUUAAGAGAUGAACUGGUGUUUUACAGAUGGACGUAUUAUGCCGCUGUGCCUGUAAACAUCUUGCUGCGAUUCUCAUGGACCUUGAGCAUAGUAAAACUACGUAUGAAUGGUCAGCUACUAGGCAUUUUGGUUGCAUUGUUAGAAGCCUAUCGAAGAAUACAAUGGAACUUUUUCAGACUGGAAAAUGAGCAUCUCAACAAUUGUGGCCAGUAUCGCGCCAUCAAAGAAAUUCCUCUACCCUUCCCACUAUCAGACACAGACAUAAAGACGGAAGGACUUUACAGCGAUGAAGAAGAGAGAAUUAGCAUCCUAUCCAACAAGCUCACCAAGCAGGAAUCUCAUCACAACAGCUUUGUGCCUGCCAUCAUGAUCCCAGUUUCCCGCCAUCCGAGUACAAGACAAUCGAUAGGACACAUUGAACCUGUAAACCGCGGUUCCUUUUAUGGCAGAAGAGACUUUGAAAACAAACACGAUGAUACAUCAGACAUUGCGGUGGGAUCAGUCAAUAAUGGUAAACUGUGCCGCAAGCCGUCGACGUUGGACAACGUAUUGACUCGUAUCAAAUCCAUGAAGAAUUCGGAUCAUAGCGAUGAGUCAGAGGCAGAGUUUUACGAUGACUUUGACUAUGACGACGAUGAUGAUUUUGAGGAUUAUUAUGAUGGUCGAGAAAAUUAG